UCCAUCUGGGUGGGUGCGCGAGCGAGGGCGAGCGCGGGCCGCGGUGCGCUGUGGGAUACGGCGGUAUAUAGUCUAUCCUCGGCGCGGCGCGGCGACAGCGAGGGGGUCAGGCGGGAGCGGGGCAUGAAGAUGGCGGACGCCAAGCAGAAGCGGAACGAGCAGCUGAAGCGCUGGAUCGGCUCCGAGACCGACCUGGAGCCGCCCGUGGUCAAGCGCAAAAAGACCAAGGUGAAGUUCGACGACGGCGCCGUCUUCCUGGCCGCCUGCUCCAGCGGGGACACGGAGGAGGUGCUGCGGCUGCUGGAGCGCGGCGCCGACAUCAACUACGCCAAUGUGGACGGGCUCACCGCGCUCCACCAGGCUUGUAUAGAUGAUAACGUAGAUAUGGUGAAAUUUCUGGUGGAAAAUGGAGCAAAUAUUAAUCAACCAGAUAAUGAAGGCUGGAUACCUCUACAUGCAGCUGCUUCCUGUGGAUAUCUUGAUAUAGCAGAGUAUUUAAUUAGUCAAGGAGCACAUGUAGGAGCUGUAAAUAGUGAAGGAGACACUCCAUUAGAUAUUGCUGAAGAAGAGGCAAUGGAAGAGCUGCUUCAGAAUGAAGUGAAUAGACAAGGGGUUGAUAUAGAGGCAGCUCGAAAAGAAGAAGAGCGAAUAAUGCUUAGAGAUGCACGACAGUGGCUCAACAGUGGCCAUAUAAAUGAUGUCAGGCACGCAAAAUCUGGUGGUACAGCACUUCAUGUUGCUGCUGCUAAGGGCUAUACAGAAGUCUUAAAGCUUUUAAUACAGGCUCGCUAUGAUGUAAAUAUUAAAGAUUAUGAUGGCUGGACACCACUUCAUGCUGCUGCUCACUGGGGUAAAGAAGAAGCAUGUCGCAUUUUAGUGGAAAACCUUUGUGAUAUGGAGGCUGUCAACAAAGUGGGGCAGACAGCAUUUGAUGUGGCAGAUGAGGAUAUUCUAGGAUAUUUAGAAGAAUUACAAAAGAAGCAAAAUCUGCUUCAUAGUGAAAAACGUGAAAAGAAAUCUCCCCUAAUUGAAUCCACAGCCAACUUGGAUAAUAACCAGACACAGAAAACAUUUAAAAAUAAAGAGACAUUGAUUAUGGAGCAAGAAAAGAAUGCAUCUAGUAUAGAGUCUCUGGAGCAGGAGAAAGCAGAUGAAGAGGAAGAGGGAAAGAAGGAUGAAUCCAGUUGUUCCAGUGAAGAAGAAGAAGAUGAUGACUCAGAAUCUGAAGCGGAGACAGAUAAGACCAAAACCUUGGCUAAUGCAAAUACCACAAGUACACAGUCAGCAUCGAUGACUGCUUCAGUAGCUGGAGGUCAGGGGACACCCACAUCACCUCUUAAGAAGUUUCCAACAUCUACAACCAAGGUUUCUCCCAAAGAAGAAGAAAGGAAAGAUGAAUCUCCUGCUUCGUGGAGGUUAGGUCUUCGAAAAACUGGUAGUUACGGUGCACUUGCAGAAAUUACUGCUUCUAAGGAAGCUCAGAAAGAAAAGGACUCUGCAGGUGUUAUACGUUCUGCUUCAAGUCCUAGACUUUCCUCUUCAUUGGACAACAAAGAAAAGGAGAAAGAUGGAAAAGGAACUAGACUUGCCUAUGUUGCACCUACAAUACCAAGACGACUGGCCAGUACCUCUGACAUUGAUGAAAAAGAAAACAGGGACUCGUCUGCUAGCUCAAUACGUAGUGGCAGUUCCUAUGCAAGGAGAAAAUGGGAGGAAGAUGUCAAGAAAAACAGUUUGAAUGAAGGUCCUACAUCCUUAAACACAAGUUAUCAAAGAAGUGGCUCCUUUGGUAGAAGACAAGAUGAUUUGAUUAGUUCUAAUGUUCCAAGUACUGCAUCAACAGUUACCUCUUCUGCUGGUCUUCAGAAAACACUGCCUACCAGCGCAAACACUACUACAAAGAGUACAACGGGUUCAACUUCAGCAGGUGUACAAAGCAGUACCUCAAAUCGUUUGUGGGCUGAGGAUAGUACUGAGAAAGAAAAGGACAGUGUUCCUACAGCAGUGACGGUUCCUGUUGCACCAUCUGUUGUAAAUGCUGCGGCCACUACCACAGCCAUGACUACAGCUACUUCUGGCACUGUGUCCUCAACAUCAGAGGUCAGGGAGAGACGGAGAUCAUACCUCACUCCAGUACGGGAUGAAGAGUCAGAGUCCCAAAGAAAAGCCAGAUCCAGGCAAGCAAGACAGUCCAGAAGAUCUACGCAGGGUGUAACACUGACAGAUCUUCAAGAAGCUGAAAAAACUAUAGGAAGAAGUCGUUCCACACGAACCAGAGAACAAGAAAAUGAAGAGAAAGAAAAGGAAGAGAAAGAAAAGCAAGACAAAGAAAAACAAGAAGAAAAGAAAGAAUCUGAAACUAAAGAUGAUGAUUAUAGACAAAGAUAUUCCCGAACUGUUGAAGAGCCAUAUCAUCGCUAUAGACCAACUUCAACUUCAACUUCUUCGUCAUCCACUUCUUCGCUCUCCACCUCCACUAGCUCUCUUUCAAGUUCAAGUCAGCUAAACAGACCAAACAGCCUUAUAGGUAUAACUUCUGCCUAUUCUCGGAGUGGAACAAAGGAAAGUGAGAGAGAAGGGGGCAAAAAAGAGGAAGAAAAAGAAGAAGAUAAGUCACAGCCCAAAUCUAUACGGGAAAGGCGGCGACCAAGAGAAAAACGACGAUCUACAGGAGUUUCAUUUUGGACUCAAGAUAGUGAUGAAAAUGAACAAGAGCACCAGUCUGAUUCAGAAGAAGGAACAAAUAAGAAAGAAACUCAGAGUGAUAGCCUUUCAAGAUAUGACACGGGAUCACUCAGUGUGUCUUCGGGUGACCGUUACGAUUCAGCGCAGGGGCGAUCUGGGUCACAGAGUUACCUCGAAGAUCGAAAACCUUACUGCAGUAGACUAGAAAAAGAAGAUAGCACUGAUUUUAAGAAGCUUUAUGAACAGAUUCUAGCUGAAAACGAGAAGCUGAAAGCACAGUUACAUGAUACCAACAUGGAACUCACAGAUCUUAAACUACAGCUGGAGAAGACCACUCAGAGACAAGAAAGAUUUGCUGACAGAUCGCUCCUGGAAAUGGAGAAAAGGGAAAGAAGAGCUCUAGAAAGAAGGAUAUCUGAAAUGGAAGAGGAACUGAAAAACCUGCAACAAAUAAAGCAAAUUCAGUCUUUGAGGCACAUAAAUGAGCGACUGGUGAUUGAGAAUAGGGCCUUGACCCGUGUGGUUGCCAAGCUGUCAGGGUCCUGUAGGCAACUGCGUUCUGUGGACUUGUAAUUUCUUCCAUCUCCUUUGUGUAGCCAGGCAGGUGCUGACAAUAAGUUUGUGCUUGGGUAGAAUUGUACUAUUAACACCUGUGUGUUGGAAGAUGACUUACUGCUUGGUUAUGGAAGUGUGGCUAAAGCAUGGUGUCUGGUGUACCAAAUGGAGAUGCUGCAGCUAUAUUGGUAUGGUGUGGUAUUGUUGAUACUAGCACUGAAGCUUGUGGUUUUUCCCUUGUAGCUAAGCUGGCAAGGGUUUGCGAGAUCUUUGACGCCUUAACACCCUGGCAACAAUUUGAAGGGAUUUGUGUUGACUUUGCAUUAGGAUACACUGAAGUCACCAUUUAGAUGUUUGAAUAAAUGCUUAAAUCAACAGAUUUAUCUCUGGUUUUCUAACAAAUUGAAGAAUGGGUCUUUCAUACUGCAGUAUAAUUAAAAUGCAUAGAACUGAACCAAAUCUAGCUGCAACUACAGAAAGUUUGAGAGGUGAAAGUUGAGAUUCUGGUGCAGUACUCUGCGUUUCUGAACAGCUGCAUUAGCAACUGUAUUUUUUACAUUUGUCUGAUUUUGUGUUCAGACAUUGUCAAAGUCGUCCGUUAAAUAUAUAUCAGACUUGAAAGUCAAUUCAUCUUUUCUGUACAAAAUUCCUGCGUGGUGCUGUACAAUCCUUAUUUUUAUCUAGACUAAGCUUAGAAUUUGCAAUUUUAGCACUAGUUUGAAGGUUAUUGAUAUCUAUUGCUACAUAAGCAGGUGUUCCAGUUAUGGACCUACAGUCCUAUCGUGCAAGGACUAAACAAACAGACACAAAAACACUCUACCCAGAGUGUUAGAUUGGUUUAUACUUACUGGGUCAUCCUGUCUGGUCCCCUUCUGCUAAAGAUAUGAACUGUUUUAACUGCCACUUUGGAAAAAAACAUCAGUUUGUUGUAGUGUUAUUGUAGGGCUCUUUGGGAAACCCACUGGAGGUUCAAAACUUCUGCAUGGAACAGAGUAUGGUUUCACUCCGUGACAAAUCUAUCAGGCUUUCUUCUUCCUCUUUCAUAACAGCUGUAUGAGGUGGAGGUUUCAGUGAGAUUCUAAGAUUUGUAGGUGAAGAUAAAAUAAUUUUCCUUCUGCACAGUGAUUCUUGCUACCGUGCUUCUCCUUACUUGUCCCCCCUUCCCUCUCAGAAGCAAAGAGAUGAGUGCACACUUUUUCUUUCUGCUUACGGAGUCAGAUCUCAGGUUUUCCCAGUCAAAGGCAUGAAAUAAAUAGCAAGUUUAUCCUUUGGCUUUAUGUCUCCCUGAAGUUGACCUAACAAUAGGAUGUGGAUAAAAAGGUUGCUCCUAGUCAGCACCCCGCAUUCCUGAACAUUCCCUUGCAUUAACCCUUAGUGAAUCAGUCAGCUCUCUGACCUGGCUGAAAAGAAAUCCCAUUAGUGGUUGUACAGUUUGAUCCAUCUUACUGCAGCAUGGUUGUGUAACUAAAGCUAGCACUCAGCAGCAGGAGCGUGUUGCUGCAGGAGGAGGGGGAACUGUCCCUUCAGGGCAGCCUGUCUUAGACCAGCUUCAGCUAACAACUUGGGUUUUCAACACAGCCAAGCUAAUCUAGUGUCAGCUGUCCACAGCCACAUGUCCCUACAAUGGUUUUUUUGCAAGCACUGGCAUUCCUUUAACCAUGCUAAGCCUUUUCAAUAUGUUAAACCACAGAAAAUCAUUCAGUAUUCUCUUUUUUAGAGGAAGUUUUCAAAGGCAGAUCAUGGUGAAGCUCAAGGAGCAGCACUAGCAAAGAAAAGCAAUGGCUACACAGCAGGGAGACUGGACGUUUUGAUGGUAGCUUGACCAUAGCACUGUGGCUGAUUAAUCUGAACAGUUGUCUUGACAGUGCAUGAGCUUUCUCUAAUCUUAAUGUACAAAGCUCUUUGUUACAUGCAAACUGUUAAAUCCUCCAGCAAAUAGAGACAUUGUUACUGAGGUGGUUCCAGCAAGUGGUUAUUGAAAAAUUAUUUGAUCUGCUACAGUACUGCAAAGUUACCAGCUAAUUGUAUAAUACAGAUAGGCAAAAUAAUGCAUUUUGAUCUAAUUCAAGAAUCUCAUCAAGACAAGAUACUCUAUUACUCAACUGAAAAAGAAAUUGGAAUUUAAAGUACUAAGUACAGUAUGUAAUUGCAAAUUGUAGUGGGUUUCAUGCAGAGCUUUUUCUCUGCUUCUCCACGUGAAAGGCAUGUGAUACUAUCUCAUAAUAAGUUUGAGUACCAUAGGAAUGCACUGCUCCAAAACAAUUGCAUAAAUGUCUUUAGUUGGGCUUAAUAUGUAGUUUUAUAUGUCAGGAUUAGUAUAGAUGGGAAGUGUAAGUAUUUUAUGUUACCUAACCUUAUCCUUUCCAAUAAGUCUCCUAUUACUUACAACUCCUUUUGUCUUCCACCAAUCUUCCUCUAUUCUUUAGCAGACUUAUAAGCAAAAGAAAAUAUUUUCUUCAUAUGUAUUCUGCCUAUUACUUUAAUGAGGAUUUAAAUUUAUCCACGGAGAUUUGCAGACGUGUAAUGGUAUCGGAUUAUGUUAAAGCUCUAAAUUUGAACGGGGCCUUUUUGCUGCUGUUAUUAAAAUGAUUAAUCAGAAAAUAGAGCAGUUUCUGGGUCUGCCUGCAUAACAUAUUAUUGACUGCUGCUCCCUAGUCACUAAGUUGAAGGACUGUAAAAUAACUGGAAUUGCUGUGGUUAGACGGACUCUCCAGAUUGGUUCUUGCUCCUUCUUGUUCCAGUAGACCUCUACCCAGUGUCACAACAUGACACUAACCUGAGGUCACAAAUCCAAGGCAUCAGAAUGAAAAAUACAGAACUUUUGAUCCCUAUAUGUGUAUAUAUUAGAAUUCUCUUGGAUAGUGCAAUAGCUUCUUGCUUUCUUCUUCCUGAAGGCACUCAUGGAGUAGGUAGCAGUAUUAGUUUAACGGUCCAAACUCACAGAACACAAAAUUAUCCCCUCUUAAGAUUCAGGUUGUUUAUUUUUGGGGUUUUUUUUGUGUGUGAAUUAUCUCACUGUAACUUUUCAGAAAUCAAAUCAAUGUCUCUUCAGAGCAGAUACAUGACAUAAAGUGGUGGUAAUAAGCUAUCGUACAGUGUAAAAAUCACAGAUGAUAUUUGAAAAUUGUCAAUUGAUGGCUUGUGUUGCUCACGUUCAAAUAUGUUGACGUGGUUUUUGAAAGCAAUUGGUAUUUAUAGCACUUGAUAUUCAGAGCAUGGCUUUCACUUGACUGUGAUUGAAGCUGUAAAAUUAAAGUGCUCUGACUCCCUGUGAAGAGUUCAGUUUGGGUGACUUGCCCUGAGCCGCACUAUGGAGUAGAGCUAGAAUCCAGGCUAGCAGAAUGAUUCUAAUUGUGGAAAUGACCUUUUUUUCCACUUGUUAUCUUGUUACCUUUUGUUUCAUAUACUCUGGUAUUUGCAGGUAAAGAAAGUAGAGAACCCAUCGCCUCAGUCACGUCUUGUGCACCACCCUGUUCACUCUGUGAGAAUCUGCUGCUAGUGAACUGAUUGUAGACAGGAAUCCUUUGGAGGAGAUGUGUAAAUGAAGGCUUAAACUUCACAGUUCCUUCUGCUCCAUAAUAAUGUUCUGAGUAUAAUGGGUCUACAAGUAUGAUUUUGCAAGGAUAAUAUGAAAGCAAAAGUAGUGGCAUGGAAAUUUCAUCAUGAAAAAUUAAGUAUAGGUCAUCGGUUGGACUUGGACCUCUUGUGUGCUCUUGCACCUUGAAGGUUCCUGAAUAACUACACUGCAGGAAUAGGCUGUUGCCUCUUGUGGAAACCUGCUGUUAGAAACCAUACAUGUAAUAUAGCCGUGAGUUUUAUAGGUGGCUUGUUAUCAGUGUGUGAAUACUGACACUUGAGAAUUUCUGAGAUUACUUCUAGUUUCUCUGAUAAGUUUGCUCACCCAGUACAAAGCUCUGUGUGCUGGCUUGUCCUCCUCUCCUGUCUGAUCCUGUCCAACUCUCACCUCACUUGGCUUCUGCCUUCCAGCUCUUGUGUUUGUGUGUCAGCCAUCUCCUGUGGCAACCUUAACUUGCCAUCUCCUAACCGGUAUGCCUGAGCGCGCAGCCUGGUGUUUCAGUGAUCUGAUCUUGUGUGAACCGUGCUAUUCAGGGAUGGAACCUCAAAGAACAGGAUGUGCACUUGCACACAAGUUUGGAAGCGAUUGAAAGAUUAAUGCUUUGAGUUAAUAAGCUGAAUCACACUGUAUCUGAUCAGGAUGAAAUCAUCCAAGAGAAUGGUGGCAGAUAUAAUUAGCUACAGCAUGCUAUUUUGAAACUGUGCAAGUGCAGUGUAGACGAGCCUCUUUAAAUUGUCACUGAUUAACAUUUUUUGCUUUGCACUGGAAUCUGAAAAAUUGCUUUCCUUAUGCUACUCUAAAUGCUUUUGUGAAGAGGCUGCUCAUCUGCACCACUUCAUUUUAGUGCACCUAGACCAGGCAAUUGAAAGUUCUUAAUGUAUAGCUCCUAACUCUGUCGUGCUAAAAGAUGAGAAUUUUCUGAACUGCUGAUGCAAAGGGGGCAAUUAUGACCAAAAUAUUUCAACUGAGUGAAGAUUUUUAUCCCCAGUGCUUGUCUGCUCUUGUUGCUGUUACUUGGAGUAUAACAGCAAAUAACCACCGUGUU